UAACAGACAUAGGUUGGGUUAUAAGAAAGUGAAAUGUGGACACGUGCAGCAAGGGUUUUGUUUUGAUAAAAAAAGGUUGGGCCUAGUCAGCGGCGGUGAUUAACAGAUUGCAAUGGCCAUGUUCUUGCUCCGAGUCCACUCAGUGGACGCGGACCACCCUCUCCAUCCCGAAACCCUAUUGGAAUCUGAAUGGAAGGCUAAAUUGAGGGAACGCAGAGGAGCACUGCACUUGUUCCGAAGCUCUUCGCAGUCGCACUCAAGCCACAGCUCUCUCCUCUUGGUCCUGGCCGUCCCCAACUACCUCUCCUUCCACGACUUCAUCCUCUUCUGUGGACCCCACCUCGACCCUCUCCACCACCUUCUCUUUAUCAGGAACGACGGCACCGAAGAUCGCUACAGCGUCUUGCUCCACUUCGUUGACCAGUUCGCCGCCGAUCAAUUUCACACCAACUUCAACGCCAAGAAGUUUUCCCCUGCCGAGGCGGAGGUCUGCCAUAUUUUAUUUCUGCAAUCGGUGGAGUAUUCGGAAUAUGCGGAAGUUGCAGGGACUCCUCCUCCUGAUUGUACGGAAAUUCCAACUUGUCCAGUUUGUCUUGAGAGGUUGGACCCGGAUACGAGUGGGAUACAAGCAACACUGUGUGACCACUCGUUUCAAUGCCCUUGUGUCUCCAAGUGGACCUACUUGUCUUGUCAGGUUUGUCGAUUCUGUCAGCAACAGGAUGAGAAACCAAACUGCUUUAUUUGUGGAACUUUAGAUGACCUCUGGGUUUGUAUGAUUUGUGGAUUUGUUGGAUGUGGAAGAUAUAAAGAAGGACAUGCUAUUCGGCAUUGGAAAGAUACUCAGCAUUGCUAUUCUCUUGAUUUUAAAACACAGCAAAUUUGGGAUUAUGUGGGUGACAGUUAUGUCCAUCGACUGAACCAGAACCAGUCUAAAACUGAUGGCAAGUUGGAGGAGAUGAAUUUACGCUGUAUGUCACUGGAAGGAGAUUGUGGUAUGUGUGAAUGUCGUGAAGAUUUAGGAAUUAAUGGGGCCCUUUUCAACAGCAAAGUUGAAACCAUUGUGGAUGAAUACAACCGUCUUCUUACAUCUCAGUUGGAGACACAAAGACAAUAUUAUGAAUGUUUACUAGUAGAGACAAAAAGUAAAUUGGAAAGUUCCAUGUCUGAAGCAGUGGAGAAAGCUGCAGCUUCUGAAAUGCAGGAUAUCCAAAAUGAACUUGAAAAGUCUACAGAAGAAAGAAAUGCCAUUGCUGAGGUCAAUCAGAAACUCAUAAAAAAUCAAGAGGUUUGGCGUAAGAAGGUUAAAGAAGCUGAAGAGAGGGAAGCUACAUCAAUUAAAUUGGUGAAUGAGAAAAUAAUUGAUUUGGAGGAACAGAUUAGAGAUAUCAAGAUUUUUCUACAAGCGCAAAAGACAAUCGAUAAAAUGUCAGAUUCAAAUGGAAUCAAGGAGGGAAAAGUCCUACCGGUUGCCUAUGAACAAUCUUCUCCAGGCCACAGUAAGAGAAAUAGAAAGUCUGGUCGAAGGCGGAAUUAGUUGCUACCUCAACCUGAACACAUGUUCGAACUUAUGGAUAUUUUGCUUUUUAGAAGGGAAGGACACUGCUUUUGAUUAUUACACCGAUACUUGUUAAGGGCCCAAACAUUUGAUGUUUGCUCUGCAUAUGGAGGCAUAUCCAACUCAUGACCUUGGAUUGCUGUCUGCAUAUUUUAGAUGUAUAGUUGAUGCUUGUAAACAGUUAGUCUGUAACGCGUUCGUGAUUUUGGUGGUAGCUGACCUGGCUGCUAUAGUAAAAAUUAGCAAGCGACAAUUCAGUUCCAUUGCAAUGUCAGUCGUACUUUCUCAACACUUAAAUUUUUUCUUCAGUAAAUUCUUUAUUGUUGAUAGAAAUUUAUCAAGAUUCAACAAGUGAUAUGAAUUCCAUUCCAUAUUGAAU